CAUCCACAUUUAUUCAAAAAGAAGUUCAUUUUAUACAGAGACAGUACAAGUCUUAGUAUAUCAAAAAGUAUUAAUGUUUCAGUAUAAGGUGGUGGUAACCAGGAUUUUCGACCGUCCUUAAAGGCAGCAGCGGCCCAGACGUGGCCGUGGUACAGCUGCUGCGUUCAAGUGACGCAGUGUCCCGUCUGGAGGGAGGGCGAAGUUUCACUCUGCAUUGCAGCCCGAGCGCUGGCUGCCGCCGGAACACAACAAUGGCGACUCCCAGUCCGAACGGCAACUCCACGGGCUCCGGCAAUAUUCUGGGAGCCACGUCGCAUCACCUUCACCAACAGACACAGAGCAGCAGCAUGCAAGAAACCAACACCUGCUGGAGAUGUCAAAAUGAAACAGGGUUUCAGAUAAGCCUGUCCGGAGUGCCCCAAAGCAAACGUAAAGCUCUAAAGUUAAAUUUCGCCAACUCUCCAGUGAAGCCGACCUCAAGGCUUCCGCUUCAUCCCACGGCUCCAUCGUUCCAGAAUCCUCACAUAGAGCGCCUGCGGACACACAGCAUCGAGUCGUCCGGGAAGCUGAAGAUCUCCCCGGAGCAGCACUGCGACUUCACCGCGGAGGACCUGAGAGACCUCGGGGAGAUCGGCCGCGGCGCCUACGGCUCAGUCAACAAGAUGGUCCAUAAACCGACGGGCCAGAUCAUGGCAGUCAAGAGGAUUCGCUCCACUGUGGACGAGAAGGAGCAGAAGCAGCUGCUGAUGGACCUGGACGUGGUGAUGAGGAGUAGCGACUGUGUCUACAUUGUCCAGUUCUACGGCGCCCUCUUCAGAGAGGGCGACUGUUGGAUUUGCAUGGAGCUCAUGUCUACCUCAUUAGACAAAUUCUACAAAUAUGUAUAUUGCGUAUUAGAUGAUGUCAUUCCAGAGGAAAUAUUAGGCAAAAUAACAUUAGCUACCGUUAAAGCACUGAAUCACUUAAAAGAAAACUUGAAAAUAAUUCACAGAGACAUCAAACCUUCCAACAUUCUAAUGGACAGAAGGGGAAACAUCAAACUGUGUGACUUCGGCAUCAGCGGCCAGCUGGUGGAUUCCAUAGCCAAGACCAGAGAUGCAGGCUGCAGGCCUUACAUGGCACCUGAAAGGAUAGACCCCAGUGCUUCCAGACAGGGCUACGAUGUCCGCUCCGACGUUUGGAGCUUGGGAAUCACCUUGUAUGAGUUAGCCACAGGAAGAUUCCCAUACCCCAAGUGGAAUAGUGUUUUUGAUCAGCUGACACAAGUGGUGAAAGGAGAGCCUCCACAGCUCAGCAACUCGGAGGAGAGGCAGUUCUCCCCAAAGUUCAUCAACUUCGUUAACCUAUGCCUUACAAAAGACGAGUCAAAGAGGCCAAAGUACAGGGAGCUUCUGAAACACCCGUUUAUUCUGAUGUACGAGGAGCGCUUCGUGGACGUGGCCAGCUACGUGUGUCGCAUCCUGGAUCAGAUCCCCGCCUCGCCCGUCUCCCCUAUGUACGUCGACUGAUGCCAAGAAGAGCGUUCCCAUUGGUGGAGGAGGGAGGGGUCCUUUAACAUCCAGAGUGGGGUGGUACACUAAGCUUUGUGAUGCGAUGCUUGUCAACUUAGCCUUCAGUUAUGCAGGAUCACCUGUUUGUUCACACGUUCCAAAGAACAAAGGAAUUAAAUCCAAACUUCCCAGUGCAAUGAAAUGAAAAUCACAAAAAAAAAGAGAAACAUUUUCCAGUCAUUUUAAGAUCCCAAAAUAAUCUCUUCCACGUUAGAGCAGAGACACUUGAAGCAGCUUCUUUGUCUUAGUAAAGCGCAAUGCAUCUUUUUAUGUGACACAAAGAAUAGAGUAUACAUAUAUACAUGGAAUCUAUAUAGAUAUAUAUAUACUUGAACUUGUUCACAAAAAUCUACCAAAUGAAAUUGUGUGGAGCUUAUGAUGUAUGAACAAAACAGCAACCUAACGGAUUGUACGUUGUAUGCAUAUUGUCUUCGCCUAAAAUAACGACUUGUAUGGAUUAUUGCUGAUACACCUACUGUCUAAAAAUCACACAUUUUGCUGUGAGCACCGUCACACACAGUCAAUGAAUGGAUAUGCAAAUGUUUCUUUUCGGAAAGCUAAUGCUAGCGUGGCUUUACUUUUUUCUUUUUUUUCCCCCCAAUAUGCAAUCUGUGACGGCUUGUCUUAAAUGUUUUAUCUUCUUACACCUACUGCAGUGCUGGGCUCAGUGUGUGAGCUUUGACCUUUUUGUUCAAGUCACUUAACUAGGUAUGUACUAUUCCAGAAGAACAUUUUCAGUUAGCUAUUGAUGCUAACCGCCCAAAACAAAGUGCACACAGUCAGGUAAGCUGUUUUUUUAAUGGUGGAGACACAGGAAAAAAACAGCAUGCUUUACCAAAAAGAGAAGAAGUUUAUUAUAAAAGACUUUUGGGAAAGAUAAACUCAGCUAGUAUUGAAAUUAGGAGCUUUCUGUGAUGUUAAUCCUUUCUCAUAGCAUGUUGCUAAAUCCUAUUUCUCCAUAAACGUUUCGUAAAGGCAAGCGCCUAACAGUUGACACAUGGUUUAAUUUUUAGGUUUGUUACAUAUAAAGCCGUUAAUCUCUGGAUCUUUGAUUGAUAUUUUUUCAAUUUGAUUAAAUAUGUGACCUGUAGUUGUUACUUUUUAUCCAAAGAAACUUGCAAAGCAUUGAAAACCAACCAAUUAACCAAAUAACUUAAAAAAAAGAACCAAAGGCCUGUUUUCUCUGAAAACAGGUUUUAUUUGCUAAUUGUACAUUGACAUGGAAUAUAUACAUUAAUAAUUUAAGCCUACCAAAAGUUGUUAGCUUACCAGUGUUAUAUAAAUUCCUUUUUUAACACUCUUGCUUUUGACUGGCAAUCAUAAAUACCCUAAGUUACAGUUGGUUUAGACAUACUUGCUUCAUAGCUAAGUACCAGACAACGAAGAAAUUAUGUUUUCUGUUUUUAUAUAAAUGUAGUACAAAUGAAAAUAAUCCAUACUAAUAGUGCUUUUGUUUAUUUUGUCACAACUAGCUAACAAGCGGCCUAAUUAACUAGAACUUGCAUCUGGGUUAGCUAGCUGUAGCAAACAGCUACAUGCUAGCGUGUUUGCUAAUUUAGCAAAAAUUAUAUAGUUACCACCUUGUUAGACCACAAACUCUGUAGCAAACAGCUAGCUGACAAGCGGCUUAACUAGCUGUAGCAAACAGCUAACUGACAAGCGGCCUAAUUAGCUGUAGCAAACAGCUAGCUAACCCAGAUGCAAGUUCUAGUUAACAGAAAUUUUAGCUGACUGUUAGCUAGCUAAAGCUGUCACAUCUAACAGUUAAAUACAUUAUAAACAGAUAGUUGAUAUGUUUUGCCAAUUUAGCAAAAAUUAUAUAGUUUCCACCUAGUUAGACCACAAACUCUGUUCUAUACAUAUUAGUGCAUUUGUUAAAUUAUAGAAGGUUCUGCUUCAAAGUCACGCUCAUAAAGCUUCAUGAACAUUAUCACCAGCUGAUUUCUGAAACAGGAAGACACUUAGUUCUGUGACUAAAACAAUAAGGCAGCACACACAGAGAAUCAAACCUUAGGUUAAUCCAAUGCUACAUUGCCUGAUAUAAAGUUUCUUUCGGAUGUUGUGUUCACUGAUGUAAAUGGAUAUGUAUAUAGCCAUCCUCACCUGCUGUUCUUGGCAGGUUCUGCUCAGAUCUUCUAAUGCUCGUUCCUAAAACAUGGUGAUCAUGUCAGACAGGAGAGGAGAUGUGGCUUCGUACUGAGAAAUGUUACCAUAUAGACUGGUUUUUUUUGUUUGUUUGUUUUUUCUCCUCAACAGCCUGUCUUAGCACUGUACAGUCAAACUCACCCAUAAUGUUCACAGAUCCUCCAUGCUGCCACACACAGGCAUGCAGUAGUAACUACAGCUCUACAUGUUCUGACAGCUUCUUUCUGUCAAAUAAAAGAAAUAGACGGAACAACGGUAAAAUGCUGCUAAUCACAUGCUACCAACUUCCAUACCACAACUGUUGAGAGGAGGAAAGACUCUCCUCGCUUCGUCUCCCGCCCUUUGACCCCUCAGGUCACCCUGGAGCCUGCAUGUCCUCUGGUGAUCCAGCAUGCGUCUGGGCUGAACCCAUCAUGCCAUUUCCUCGCCUAUCAAUUUGUUUGACCCAAACGUGUCAUAGCGUCCUAGAACAGGUCCGACUACGAAGACCCGAGAAGAGCAGUCAGACUUCAAGGAGGUAGCUUCUCAACAAAACACUUAAUGCAACACUAUAGAGAUCCAUCAUCCAAUAAAUUUAAAUGUGUAGGAAAAUAUAUGAUGAUAAUAAAAUUCUCAUUGUGUUAAAUCUAGAGUGAAAUUCACUGGUUUUAUCACCAAAUUUACUGCAGUUUCUGAAAAGCAAAUGGAUGCUGCCAUUGUGGCUCACAUCCAAAAGGAAGUGGUAUUCUUGAUGAGGUUGAUUUAUUAUUUUGGCAGUUUAUUCUCAUCUGAGUCGCAUCUGGGGUUUUUUUCUGUGACGUUGAGCCAAAAGAAAUGUUUCAAAUAUUUAGUGGUGCUUUAAUAGUAAGAAUGUAGAGGAUAAAAUCACACCAGCACCCUUACCCUAUAUGACAUUAGAAAUGGGCUGUAUGCUCAGUUAAAUGGUUGUACAAUUCAACUAUAGCAGUUUACAAGAUUAGUUAAAUAUUAUUAGUCUGUUGGAGUAUUACUUGUAUCGUUACAUUUGGGAUAGUCAAUGAAAAUGCAUAUGUUUGGUUUAUUAUGGGUCUCUACAGCUGUUAGCUGUGCCAUACCUCCCAUUGUGUGGGUGUACAUCGCGUCAUUUUGUUAGGAACAGUGAACGGUCUUUUUUUUUUAAAUUUUUUUUUUACCUGUUCGGGAAAGCAAAACAUUACAACCACCAGAUUAAAUUCUGUCAUAAGGAGUUCUUGUCAGGCCUGUACUUUUCGUCUCCUUCCGGAAUGGCAGUAGAUGGCGCCGUUUUCCCUGCAGAUCUGCGGGGUUUAUUAUGCGUUUCCAGGAAGUUCACUUUGCCACUGGUGAAUAUGAGUCUGCAGGGUACAUGUACAAAUGGCAAUUUACCAGAAUGUUCAUAUUAGAAUAUAAGAUGAUAUUAAGGGCAAUGAAUAUUAUAAGGUAUGUUUAUUGAGGGUUACAAAUAAAGUUCCCCAUGAAAAAGA